AUGGCAUCCCCAAAUUCGCUGCGUGACCCGUAUGCUAGUUAUAUUAAUGGUCUCAAUAAGAAUUACCCUUUGUACAUUCGGAGAGGUAACUACUGUUGUAUUGCAAUUAGUGUGGAGGAACCAUCAGGUCCCUUGUGUCCGAUGGAGCAGCAGAUCAAGGUGACACUGCGAGGCAGGGCCCGAUCUAGCUUUUUGCCGCCCUUUACACUAACACUUUUUGAAAGAUGGAAAACAUCG